GCACUUUAGCAUCAAAAAUUACUAUCGAUGUUAAUAAUUAUUUGUCAUUGACUAACGUCUCAGAUUCUGUCUCAAAAACUUACACAUCUGAUGAUGAACAAUCAGUUAAUUCACAACAAUCCAGACCAAUCAUUAACAAAGUUGCCGAAGUUCAAACAGCACCAAUAAAUAAUAAUAAUGGUUUACAACCCGUGGUGACCAAAUCAAAAAAAUGCUCUAAUGAUACACAAAGUCAAACGCAAGCAGUUUAUGUCCUCCCAUGCAAUAUUAAUCAAAAAUAUAAAAAAUUGAAAAAAAUUUUAACUGCAAUCAUCACAAAUAACACUACUAUUAGUAACUUAAUCGAAACAAUUAAUGCCGAGAUUUUUGAAAAAUAUAAUCUUUGGAAAAAUGUGAAAUUUGUUAAAACCGAAAAUAAUGCAUUAAAAUUCGAAUUAAGCACUUUAAAAACAAAAUACAUUGAUUUGAAAAAGGAGAUUACCAAUUUAAAAGAAAAGAUCACUACUUCCAACGAAAGAAAAACAUUCCUUGAAUUACAAGGAACCAAAUUCAAGUAUACAAUUAAAACCCUCGAAGAUACGAUCAAAAGCUUUGAAGCUACUAUAAAUCUCAAAAAUAAUGAGAUAAAUCUCAAAGCACAACACAAAGAAUUUUUAAAGGAAUUAACUUUGUUAAAAAACAAAAAUGAAAAAGCCGAAAAUAGAAAAAUAUAA